UCACACACUCUCACACACUCUCACCUUCUCUCACACAGAACGCAGAGGACAAGCCUACAAUUGAGAUUUAGCGUGAGUGUUAGAAGUAGCAUUAGCAGUAACAUCUUUGAGUUUUUAAACAUGAACUUCAGGACAGUUUCUAUCUUUGUGCUCCUGGCCUUCAUCACCCUGACAGCAGGAGUGAGUGUUGAGCCACGGUGUCGCUGCAGCGGGGUUGAGAGUCGCCGUGUUGGGAAAAUGAUUGAGCGUGUUGAACUUUUCCCCCCAAACCCACACUGCACACACACUGAGAUCAUAGCCACACUGAAGGGCAGUGGUCAGCAGAUCUGUCUAGACACUAAAGCGCCAUGGGUAAUGAAGGUGAUUGAGAAGAUCAUGGCAAACCAUUCGCCCUGAACCCUAAAAGUCUAACCUGCACUUUGUAGAGUGUGUGUAUUUGUGUGUGCAUAUGUUUAAGUGUCUUAAUUAAUCUGUGCUAUUUAUUUCUAUAUUUAUGUCAUUAUUUAUUGUUGUUGAUUUUUCUAAUAAAAAUUAUUAUUCAUAAA